AUGGCCUCCCUAGGACCUAUAUUUACCGGCCAUGGAGCCCCCGACGAAACGAGCCAACUCUCAGGCUCAGUGUCAACGCUCGACUUGCCAUCUGUGGAUAAAGUUCUAUCAGGUCUACCUGAUACACUGAGCUCACUUGAAGAGAGGGACACUACAGAACUUGAGACUGAAAAGCAAGAAGAAAUGUUUCGUGCUUUGAAAAAUGUAAUUGAACGCACCGCCGAAACGACGGAGGCGAGCAACACCUUCGAUCUGAAAGAACUGCAUGCUUCUUUGGGACAAGCAGAGGGAGAGGCACGUCUCGGAUCGCGGGAUGCCAAGAUUUUAGAAAGUGUGCAUGAUACCCUGAUUCAAUUAUGGUCAUGCAACUCUCAGUUUAUGGCACAAGCAGCUGAAGUCCUUGCCAACGGAAGCCGAGAAGAAUCAUGGAGGGGCCCUAUUGGCCAGUCUGGUAUUCUCAAAUUCUUCUUAGAUUUAAUUUCGUCUAAGCAAGAAAUUGAUUCGGAUAUACUGCUUCACUCCUUGCGUUUAGUCGGCAACUCUUGUGCCGAUACUGAUGAGAACAGGAAGAUUGUUGUGGAUAGCAACUACACUCGUGUCAUUGUUAGGCAUUUUCUCAAUCCUAAGUUAAUUCAGGUGGCGAUCCCGGUGAUCUAUAACAUCUGCAUGGAUUACGAGCCGGCGCAUGCGCAAAUAGCUGAAAACCAAGUGGCAUAUAUUGUAUUGCGCAUGCUGAAGGACAAUUCCGUUGGGGAUAAUGAGGCUUUGCUCAGUUUCUCAUAUGAUUUGGUUGAAUUAGCCUCCGAACAAGCACAAGGGGUCGAGAACGCUCCGGACGGGAUUAUUCUGCUUCUCAUGGAACUUGCAUUGAACAAAGAAAUAGAGUUGGAACGUUACUCAACCUUGAUCAACAGUCUCUUCGCGUACCUGGAAAAAGAACGAUUCCAAAACACAUGCGUUGCGCACAACCUAGUGGAGACGUUACUCUCUGUCUUAUAUCGAUCUUUCUCUAUUGAAGUUGAUCAAUCCUCCCAAGAAGAUGUUCAGAGUAUGGCACAAUCACGUCUGAAGGUUAACCAGGCGCUGGGCGAAGUAUCUGCAUCACCACUCUUCUCAGAACAUUACCCUCUUUCUUCUCCAUUAUCCCAAAAGCUCAAAUCGUGGAUCGUCGCCGAGGAGGAUCAGCUUCAGAUCUGUGCUUGUGUGAUGCUGGGUAACCUAGCUCGAUCAGAUGAGGUCUGCCAGGCGAUGGUCAAAGAACUAAAGAUUCACGAAGAAUUGAUAUCAGUUCUUCAGAGCGAGGCCCGAGGCUCCGUCUUACAUGCUGCUCUAGGAUUUUUGAAGAAUCUGGCAAUCGCAGGUGACAAUCGCAUCACCCUAGCUGAGGCAGGAAUUAUUCCUGCCGUCUCACGAUUAUGGGCAUUUGAGUCAGUUCCCCAGGUACAAUUUUCUGCCGCCACGAUUGCACGCCAAGUCAUUAUCUCGUCAAUGGACAAUAUCUCCAAACUGCUAUCGCCACUAUCUGAUGAUCUUGACUCACCCGCCCAUCGACGGACAUACCUAUCUCUUCUUCUCUUGCUUUUCGAGAAGACAGACUCCGCUCCAAUCAAGACCGAAAUUGGCCGCACCAUCGCUUCUAUAUGUCGAACUGUGACCCCCAAGAUUGCUACCGAAGAUGCGCAAGCAAUCUCCCUAUUGAACACACUUUACGAUUUGCAUGAGGGUGUUGCUCGCCCAAUCGGCGCAAUGAUCACACAAACCCAAUGGCCCGUUGUCCGAAGUGAAGGAUGGUUUGCGUUAGCUCUUAUGGCUAACACCAAAUCCGGUUGCGUGGCAGUUGCAGACUGUCUGCAGAACGAGGAUGUAUUGGAGCUACUCAAGCAUACUCUCAGCACGGAAGCUUCCAAUGACGAUACAACCGAGAAGCCCGAUGAGAACCAGGUCAACAAGGACCGAGAUAAUGCAUUCGUGCUUGUCCAAGAGCUUUUGAAGAACGAGUCCGGAACACUCCCAGAUGGAUACCGCGGUACAAUUGAGGAUCUAGCCAACGAGCACUCGAGACAUUUGGCUAGUAAAUAA